UUGUUUGUUUAUGACCGAAACGCUCAUAAGGAAAUGAUUACUACCACAGCAGGCCGAACCCAAUACAGAUGUCCCAGCAGACACAGUUAUUAAUAUCAGUGAAAAGAAACGGAGUUGCUUAUGAAUAUAAGACAAUGACAGCGAACAUAUUACUGAGGAUCCUGAUUCAGUGGAUCAGCGCUGGCAGUUUGCUGUGCAGCACUUCAAGAUCUGACAUUAAGAAUUGCAAGAUUGUAGAAACAGGUCACGAGGUACUUGUUAACUGUUCAGGAAUGACCUUUGACGAUCUUCCCAAAGGUUUUCCAAACAAUGUGUCAAUUAUUGACCUGACACGGAACAGCAUAACAAGCAUCGGAAACAUGUCCUUUCCUAUUCUCCCGGAACUGCACACACUCAGCAUGUACAAUAAUAAAAUCACUCAUCUUGAAGAAGGAUCUCUCAAGAGUCUACCAUCUCUGACUAAACUUGAUCUUGGAAAAAACAAGCUAAACCUUACUUCCCAAGCUCUUCCACCAGGUUUGUUUGAAAAUGUUCCACUAAAACUGCUAUUCUUGACUGAUAUGGACAUUCGGGAGAGCAAUUGGUGCUUCGCAGAAGACACAUUCGCACAGUUGCAUGAGUUGGAAGAACUCGCCAUCGAUUCUCCGCUUAACCCACAUUUCGGUGUUGGAUUUAGUAACAUGACAAAUUUACAGAGUUUGACAGUAAGGUUCUGCCAAAACGGCUCACUAAAUGAAAGUGCACUGGAUGUCUUCACGAAAGUAAAUCUUACAAAACUUCAGAUAUACGCAUGUAAUAAAGGAAAGAUAGAUGGUAAAUUGGUUGCCAAGUUCCCAGGACUGGACAUCUUAGACAUCAGAAAUGCAGUCAAUAAUGACCUAGCAGAACGUUUGAUUAAUCUGAAGAAUUAUUCAAAUCGUUCCAUGACCAGAAUUUCAUUCAUAGCAAACUUUAUUAUAGGUGCUGGCCAUCAGUGUAAUAUGCUAUCAGUCUUUGCGACACGUCAUCUUGUCACGAUGUGUGUUUCAGAGGUUUUUCUUGCAAGCAACAGAAUUACGAUUAUUGCAAAGGGAGCCUUGACUAAGGAACCAUUUUCCCUGUGUCUUCAUAGUUUAGAUCUUAGCCACAAUAUGAUACUUGACGAGUAUCCACUACUACAAACACUUAAUAUGUACCCGAAUUUGAAUUCUUUUACAUUUGCACAAACAGAUCAAGAUUUUAAAUUGAUGAAUGUCAAAUACCCGUUUUUUAACUCACACUCAGUGUUUCAGUCAUCUGAUGAAAAGAUGGUAUUACCAAGAGGAAACCCUGAACAGUGUGUCUUCUCUGCAAGUUCGGUAUUGAAAAGCAAAGGACAGAAUUCACACAUGGACGCGGCUGUAAAAGACCCUAUACCUACACAGUUGCCUUUCCCCCAAAAUCUUUCCUCACUUUACUUUGCACCAGUACUGACACCAUUUGAUAAUUUUUUGGAUACCUUGAAUUUCUCUGGAACUCAGGGAUGGAAAACAUUGGUGUUUGCUAAUUGUUCUGUACAAGCAAAUGACGUUCGCAUCAUGGGUCUAGAAAACCUCCAAGAGUUGCAUAUUUCCGGAAAUGGUUUCACUGAACCACCAAAGGCUUUACUGAAAUCAUUUCGCAACCUUAACGUCCUUUCACUGAAUCAUAUUACUGUUGGUUUUAAUUUAAUUAUUCAUAACAUGAAAGGAAUAUUUGCGAAUUUGCAACAUCUUGAAAAAUUGCAUUUGUUAAAUAACGGGCUCACAGACCUUCCUCCCGAUGUAGAGAAUAUACCAAAUAUAUCAAUGAUAGAUGUCUCCUACAAUUUAAUACACCAACUUAGUGUAGAUACCAGGCAGAGGCUGGAUAUCGUGUCUCAACAGAGGAACCUCUCUGUCAAUCUUCGAGGAAAUCCUCUGUUAUGUGGCUGUGCGUAUUUGGACUUCAUCGUAUGGUUAACUGAGACAGAUGUAAGGUUUGUUGAAAGUAGUCACUACAUGUGCAGAAACGAUGGAGGACAAAUGGUAAAUAUGACGGAUAUUGCAAAUGCUUCUUUAAACCUUUGGAGAGAAUGUAUUUCCGUUGUUUGUCUUUCCUUUGCUGUGUGUCUUUUGUUUCUGUUUUUCUUGGUACUUUCCCUUAGUUCGCAUAUCGCAAGAAAUGUCCAUCUGUUAAAACGGUGGAGUGUGAAACGACUAGGCUUCAAUUUCCACAGAUAUUUUACGUAUGAUGUAUUAGUCUAUUACUCAACAAAAGACGACUACCAGUGGGUGCUUAAUGCAUUCACACAGGAGAUAGAAAUCAGCAGAGAUCUCACUCUAUGUAUUCCCGAAAGAGACUUCGAGCCUGGGGUAUACACAUGUGCAGAGGUCCUCGACGCCAUCAACAACAGCUGGAAGACUGUCAUCAUUCUUACGGAAGCGUUUCUUGAAGACGAGCUGUGUUAUUUCAGGCUUUCCUCUGCUGUCGAUGCUUGUGAGAAUAUGAAAUCAGAUAGGUUCAUCAUCCUGUACACAAAUGCAAUCCUUCGUCAUCCAAUGCCACCGAUCAUCAACCAACUGCUGAAUAAGGACAACAUGUUGUCCUUGGAAAGUACAUAUCAGGAGGAGCUAUGGGAACAGCUGUACAACAGGAUCGUGAGUAAGGAUUAAUGUUCUGCAGAACUUCAUCCUCAUUCAGAUGGUGCUCUCAACGUGUUGCCUUGUGCUCUGAAUGUACCCCAGCAGUGUGUGAGUGAACACCAUAAGGUCAAAGUGAGUGAGUGAGUGAAUAUGGUUUUUUACGCCGCUUUUAGCAAUAUUCCAGCAAUAUCACGGCCGGGG